CUCUCCCUCUUUUUCUGUAAACAAACACACACUAGACACCGACUACACUUUUCUCUCCAAGUCAAAUCCUCUCACAGAUCUUUCUCGCUAAAAAGGCGAUAAAAGAAGAACUCAUCGCUUCUUGAACCAUGGACCAGCUCAACAGCAAGCAAGAAAUCAACGACGCCAUCGCAAACCACGCGUCCUUCAUCCUGAUGUUCACGGCCGUGUGGAGUGACGUCGGCAAUAUCACCAAGGGCAAGUUCGAGAGCAUCGGUGCCAAUUACCCUACCGUGUACAUGGCCUGGGUUAGCACCGACGACCAUCCCGAUCUUGCCAAGGAAUGGGGAUUCACUGCUAUUCCGGCUACCGUUGGUUAUAAGAAUGGCACCAAGGUGGAAACUUAUGUCGGGCCUCAAUACUUGGACCAGCAGGUCGAGGCGUUUAUCAAGAAGGUGGUCUAACUUGGUGAGGGAAGGUUUGAUCUUCUAUUUGGUGGUUGUCAUUUAUUAACUAGACGAUGGGUGCCACGAGUAUUUGUAGCUAGACUAUACUAUCAGAGAGAAAUCUAUUAGUCACGACGUGUAACG